CAGUGUGAUAUUCCAAAAAAAAAGGUACCUUUCGCUUUAGUGGGAAAUUUAAAAAUAUAUUUUUUUCCCUUUUUGAUAAUGGGAACUUUCAUUUGCACUAAUCGUAAUUUUUUUUUUCUAAACUUUAAUCACAUAAGUCAUAAGCGGACCCUUUCAACACAUUAUUUGUUCUAAACUUUUAUGUCAAUUGCUUUUGACUGUAUAUGAUCUCCAUCUCCCAUUUUCGAAUAUUCAUUCCAAUAUACAGCUAGCCCCCUCUUAUUUUCAAUCAAAACUAAAUAUGGCUGAUGCGUUUGUGUCAUUUGCAGUUAAAAAAUUGGGUGAUUUCCUCAUUCAGGAAAUUAACCUACUUACAAGUCUGAGAGAGGAUAUACAGUGGCUGCGAAACGAGCUUCUGUUCAUGCAGUCUUUCCUCAAAGAUGCAGAACUAAAGCAAAGUGGAGAUCAAAGAAUUCAACAAUGGGUGUUUGAGAUCAACUCUAUUGCUAAUGAGGCUGUUGCUAUACUCGAGACUUAUAGCUUCGAGGCUGGUAAACGUGUUAAUCGUCUCAAGGCUUGUGCUUGCAUCUGUAGGAAGGAGAAGAAAUUAUACAAUGUCACCAAGGAGAUUCAAUCACUCAAGAAACAAAUCAUGGACAUCGCUCGCAAACGAGAGACAUAUGGUAUUACAAAUAUCAAUAGUAAUGCGGGAGAAGGACCAAAUAACCAGUCUGCCAUGGUUAGAACAUUGAGGAGAACUACUUCAUAUGUGGAUGACCAGGAUUACAUUUUUGUUGGCUUUCAGGAUGUUGUACAAACAUUGCUAGCUCAACUUCUCAGACCAGAGCCUCGUCGAAGUGUUGUGUCCAUUUAUGGCAUGGGUGGAUUAGGCAAGACCACUCUUGCAAGAAACCUAUACACAAGUCCUAAUAUAGUCUCUAGCUUCCCUAAACGCGCUUGGAUAUGUGUUUCUCAAGAGUACAACACAACGGAUCUUCUUAAGACUAUCAUAAAAUCCAUCCAAGGUCGCACCAAGGGAACUCUAGAAUUGUUAGGAACUAUGACAGAAGGAGAUCUAGAAUUUCACCUUCGUGAUCUAUUGAAAGAAUGCAAAUACCUUGUGGUGGUUGAUGAUGUAUGGCAGAGAGAAGCAUGGGAGAGUUUGAAAAGAGCAUUCCCGGAUGGCAAGAAUGGCAGCAGAGUUAUUAUUACCACGCGCAAAGAGGAUGUCGCCGAAAGAGCAGAUGACAGAGGUUUUGUUCAUAAACUUCGUUUCCUAAGUCAACAAGAAAGUUGGGAUCUCUUUCUUAGGAAACUACUUGAUAUUCGAGCAAUGGUUCCAGAAAUGGAAAGUCUAGCUAAGGAUAUGGUGGAAAAGUGUAGAGGCUUACCUCUUGCAGUUGUUGUAUUGAGCGGACUACUUUCGCAUAAAAAGGGGCUAAACGAAUGGCAAAAGGUGAAAGAUCACCUUUGGAAGAACAUUAAAGAAGAUAAAUCUAUUGAAAUCUCUAACAUACUAUCAUUAAGCUACAAUGAUUUGUCAACUGCGCUCAAGCAGUGUUUUCUCUACUUUGGUAUUUUUCCAGAAGAUCAAGUGGUCGAGGCUGAUAACAUAAUACGGUUGUGGAUGGCAGAGGGUUUCAUACCCAGAGGAGAAAGAAUGGAGGAUGUCGCUGAAAGCUUCUUGAAUGAGCUGAUAAGACGAAGCUUGGUUCAAGUGGCUAAUACAUUUUGGGAAAAAGUUACUGAAUGUAGGGUUCAUGAUUUACUCCAUGAUCUUGCGAUACAAAAGGCAUUGGAGGUAAACUUCUUUGACGUUUAUGAUCCAACAAGCCACUCCAUAUCCUCUGUAUGUAUCCGACAUGUCAUUCAUAGUCAAGGACAAAGGUACCCCUCACUUGAUCUUUCUAACUUAAAGUUGAGGUCAAUUAUGGUCUUCGAUCCACAUUUUCGUAAUGUGUUCCAACAUAUAGAUAUGUUUCGACAUCUAUAUGUGUUGUACUUGAAUAUUAAAUAUGGUGGUGUUGUACCUGGAUCCAUUGGGAGUUUGUACCACCUCAAGUUCUUAAGCUUGAGAGGUAUCGAUGAGCUUCCGUCUUCCAUUGGCAACCUCAAGAAUCUACAGACACUUGUUGUCAAUGAAGCGGAUUACACUUUCCAACUACCCCGCAAGACAGCUGACCUAAUAAAUUUAAGACAUUUAGUUGCUCAGUAUUCAGAACCUCUGGUGCAUAUAAGCAAACUUACUAGUCUUCAAGUUCUUAAAGGUGUUGGUUGUGAUCAAUGGAAAUACGUUGACCCUGUUGAUUUAGUCAAUGUUAGAGAAUUAGGCAUGGCUUAUAUUAAGAGAUCUUACUCCCUAAACAACAUUAGCAGCUUGAAAAACCUUAGCACUCUCACAUUGGUGUGUAAAAAUUAUGAUGAAUCAUUCCCAUCUCUUGAAUUUGUUAAUUCUUGUCAAAAGCUCCAGAAAUUGUGGUUAGAAGGGAGAAUAGAGAAACUGCCUAAUCUGUUUCUAAGUUCCAUCACAAUGAUGGUUCUGAGGUUCUCCGUACUGAAAGAAGAUCCGAUGCCUAUUUUGGGAAUGUUGCCCAACCUAAGGAAUCUCGAUUUGUUUAGAGCUUAUGAAGGAAAAGAAAUAAUGUGCAGUGAUAACAGCUUCAGUCAACUAGAGUUCCUUAUUCUUUAUGAUCUCGAGAACCUAGAAACAUGGCAUUUAGGUACAAGUGCCAUGCCUCUGAUUAAAGGUCUUCGUAUCCAUGACUGUCCAAAUUUAAAGGAGAUUCCUGAGAGAAUGAAAAACGUGGAGCUGUUGAAGAGGAACUAUACGUUGUGAAGCUUUUCAAGUGUAUAUGAUGUCUUAUUUUGGCCUCUUCAUAAUCUUAAAGGUAUUGAUGGGGGGCGUUUCUGCCAAGCACUUAAAGGUCUUAGUGUUUGAUUUCUUAUUGUUUUAAGCUUUUUGAGUGAGCGUAAUUGGUUUGAAGAUAGUUGUUUGUAUUUUUUAGUUUCCUCUUAACUGAAGGCUUACUUCACUUUACUUUGAAGAAUCCUGUGAUGCAUAUUGAUGAAGCCAGUGCGAGGUGCUGUGAACUUCGAAAUGGAGAGAAAUUUGACAAAAUGACCUUAAAUCAUUGUAAACUGACCUCUUAUCAAAUGGUUUGGGAUUCAGAUAACUCCUUUUAUUCGUCCCUCAUCUGUAUCUGUUUUUUUUUUUUUUUUAGUUUUAUAUUGCAGUUAAAAGAUAUACAUGACUGCAACUCAAUUUCUUGCCUGAGAUCAAAAAGUACUUUUCGACUCUAAAAUGUAUUUUCACAAUUUUCUUGCACGUGGGCAGACUGUACAUAUUGGGGGCAUAGUUAGACUCGAUCUAGUUUUUGCCUCAGUAGAAACAAUCUAUGUCACCGUCUGGGCAUCACCAAGUGUGUCGCCUCUUCAUCUAGGGAAGAGAGGAAAUGCCGAUGAGCUCAAGAACAACCAUACUGGAGUGUGAUUGCAGCCUCCCAUUUCCAUGGAGCGAGUUUCUGAGUUGAGACAAUGGAAUAAAAGAGGGAAGUAAAAGCACGUGGAACGAGCUGGGAUGUCAAGAGCAUGGAUGUUGCAGUUGCUGGCUUAGGAUGGUUCUCCCUAGGUUUGAAAGGCGAAGCAGAUUUUGUCAUGUGGACAUAUGAUGGCAUUCAGAUCACAUUGCGUGAACCAUUGGUACUUGAUCGUGCAGCCUCUAUUGAAAGACCUGGAUUUUGGCUACCAAAGGCUGUAUCAGAAGCCAUCGCUAACUCAUCGAAGCUUGAAGGUCAAGAAGCAAGGGAAAAGAAUCCAUCAGAGGAGGCCAUGCAACUUCCAUAAGUAUCCGACUAAAAGAGGCAGCUGAGUCAAGGUCUUGUACGGCGACUUAAAAUGGGCAGGUUGGAUUGAACAUGAGCGGGUUGAAAACGGAUUGGACAAAAAGGAAAAAGAAUCCCAUACGAAAGAGAACAAAUAAAAGCAUUUCUCUCUUGUAUUUAAACACUCGGCGAUUUUAGUCUUUUUAAGUUACUAGAGUUCUAAAUUCAUAUUUUUCAAAUUGA